GAUGUGACCCGUGUCGUACUCUUCCUGGUCCGGCUUCUCCUCCAAACGCGGCUUCUUGGGAAACUCGUGCCUUUGGCUUUUCUUUCUGGGAGGAUUUUGGAGGAAAAGGAGAAACGCCUGAGGCGGAGUUCCUGGGUUUAGGGGGAAUAAGCCGGAGGGAAGAAAGUGAGGGAAGGCAGGGGAAGGACAGGAAAGUUUUCCAGGCGGUAAGCUCCAGGUGUAUGUUUAGAUUGCCGCAGUAGACUCUACCAUUUCCCAGCAUUUCAGGCUAGUAUUGUCCGAGGAUGAAAAUGGAGACCCGAGAAGACCUUACAAGUCUUAUACCAAGGCAGGUGUCAUGGGAAGUGAGAGGGAGCUGCCAUGUUGGGACGACGGAGGCAUUCCUGCAAAGGAGACAAAUGGAGGUGAAACAGGAACCUGACAACUCGCUUCAGCAGUGGGAAACCCAAUGGCAAGAGUUCCUGAAGAGCUUGGAAGGCCCUCACCCAAACUGGGGCACCUCUCAGUCGAGGGAGGAGCCGUGGGACGACGCCAAAGCCUUCCUGGCCUCCUUUGAGCAAGUGGCCCAAGCCUGCCGGUGGUCCAAGGAAGAGUGGGUGCCCCGGCUCCUGCCAGCAUUGAGCGGAGAGGCCAAGCGGGCCUUCACCGGCCUGGAGGCCGAAGGCAGGGAGGAUUAUGGGAAAGUGAAGGCCGCCAUCUUGCACAAGGAUGCCAUGCGGCGGGAAAAAGUGCGGCAGUGUUUCCGGCGUUUCCGCUACCGAGAGGCCGAGGGGCCGAGAGAGGCUUAUCGACAGCUUCAGGAACUGUGUUGCCGGUGGCUGAAAGCUGAAAGGCAUUCGAAGGAGCAGAUCCUGGAGCUGCUGGUCUUGGAGCAGUUCUUGGCUGUCCUGCCUCCAGAGAUAGAGGCCUGGGUCAAGGAAUGUGGUCCAGAGACUUGCUCCCAGGCGGUGGCCUUGGCGGAGUACUUCCUCAAGAAGCAGCGAGAGGCCAAGAGGCAGGCAAACCAGAUGCCGUUAGAGGAAGAGGAGACGGUGGGUUCCCCUGAAGGUGUCCAAGCCCUGCCUGAGAUGGAGCAGAAGGAGUUUAGUGUGGAGACCAAAGAGGAAGAUGACGAUGGGGAUACUGGACCCUUGGGCGAUGAAAGGAAAAGUGAGAAUGAGAGGCAACCAGGUGAGGAUUCCUCAGAGAGAACAGAGUGUGAAGCAUUGAAGGAGAAUUUUUGGAGCCAAGAUGGAAGUCUCACAGAAGAGCCGGAAGAAAAGUCCUUCCCCUUUCAGGUGGGAGACUCCCACGAAAUCUCAAUCCAGCAGGAAAGCGAGGAAGAAAAAAAGGGGACCGCUUUCUCCAGUGUUCGUAGUAGGAGAAAGUGUAUGAAUUCGAAACUUGGUGAGAUGAACCAUCCAAGGAUCCCAAAAGGGAAGAAGAAGAGGGCCCAUCUUAAGUCACACCAGAUAAUCCACACAGGGGAGAAGCCGUAUCAGUGCUUGGAGUGUGGGAAAUGCUUUGGUCAGAAGGCCAAUCUCUAUAAACACCAGAAAAUUCACACUGGGGAGAAGCCGUAUCAGUGCUUGGAGUGUGGGAAAUGCUUUGGUCGGAGUUCACACCUUACUUCCCAUAAGAGAAUCCACACUGGGGAGAAGCCGUAUCAGUGCUUGGAGUGUGGGAAAUGCUUUGGUCAGAAGGCCAGUCUCCAUAAACACAAGAAGAUUCACACUGGGGAGAAGCCCUAUAAAUGUCUAGAGUGUGGAAAGAGUUUCAAUGACCGGUCCACCUUUGUCAGACAUAAGAGAAUCCACACCAGAGAGAAGCCCUAUCAGUGCUUGGAGUGUGGGAAAUGCUUUGGUCGGAGUGAGUAUCUCAAAAAACACCAGAACAUUCACACUGGGGGGAAGCUUUAGAAAUGUACAGAAUGCAAUAAGAGUUUCAGCAACGGGUCGACCUUUGUCAGACAUAAGAGAAUCCACACCAGAGGGAAACCAUACUCCUAAUCAGAUUGCAGGAAGGGCUUUAGCAAAACGACUAGCCCGACCUUACGUCAGAGAAUCCAUGGUGAGAGAAGAUGCCACACAAAAAUCAACAUUUGCUGGAUGCUGGCAUGGCUGUUAGUCCUUUCAACGAAUGGAACGGACAGUCUAGUGGCAUCUUAAAAAGGAACACCCUAUACCAGCCAUCCUCAAACCUUUUAAGCAGAGGGCCAGUUCAUGGUUCCUCAGAGUGUUGGGAGGCUGCAACUACAUUGGAUUCACAAACAACAGUUAGAUUGGCUAACAAACGAACAAAGGGAGAGGUUACAUUUUCCCUCAGCAUUCACACACAGGUACAUGUAUCCAUCUUCAUGCAUACAAAUAGUACCAUCUCUUUCCUCCCUCCUUGGAGAAGCACAUGCUUAGGCCAGGCCCUGCUUUUCCUGCAGCUGCCAACGCAAAACUCCAAUAUUGAUCUUUUUUCCCUAAGAACAAUGCCAAGGAUCAGACCCCUAUUUCCAUACAGCAGAACUGCCUCUCUGCAACGCAUAUCGUGACUCCAGAAUGCACUCCUUCCUCUUCCCAUGAGAAAAGGAGGCCCCAAAAGGGACCAGACUGCUUCCCUGGAAAUCUGCCACUUUCCCAUACUCCAUCUCCACUGAGCAUGGCGAGUGAACAGCGCUGCUGUCUGUCACACUUUCUGGAUCGUCAUAAGGUCACCUAUAUAGCAAUAUUUUGCUGAUGUUGUCCUAAGGUUGUAAAUGAAUGAUCGACAUCUUCCAUCCUGGCUCCAUCUCAGUUUCCUGCCCAGAUGUUGACUCUUCUUCAUUGGUGUUGGCCUUGUGUUGACUUCCUUCUUAAUAGUUAUAAAUGUUUCCUCAACUUGA